CCGGCGUCCGCCCCGCGCACUCACCAUAGCGAUGCAUUUCAUCUUCUCAGAUAAAGUGGUGCUUCUGUUUGAUUUCUGGAGUGUCCACAGUUCUGCAGGCAUGGCCCUUUCGGUGUUGGUGGUCCUGCUCCUGGCUGUACUGUAUGAAGGCAUCAAGGUUGGCAAAGUCAAGCUGGUCCACCAGGCUCUGGUGAGCCUGCCCACCUCCGCCAGCCAGCAGAACAUCGCUGAGACAGACCUGGAUUCUGCAGGCACAGAUUCACCCCCAGUCAGCAGAACCCGCCUCAGGUGGGUUUUGUGUCACCUUGGCCAGUCGUUAAUCCACGUAGCUCAGGUGGUCAUCGGCUACUUCAUGAUGCUGGCUGUAAUGUCCUACAACACGUGGAUCUUCCUCGGUGUGGUCCUGGGCUCUGCUGUGGGCUACUACCUAGUCUACCCAUUUCUCAGCACAGUUUAGCUGAGGAGGGAUGUGCAGGCACUGAUGCUUGAGGGAACUGGGACCUCUUCUUCCAGAUACUGAGUGCAGCUGCGUUUUCUUAUGGCUGUUCCUCACCUAGUUCCCAGACCCUGGAAACUUUGAGCUGAAGCCAGCACUUGUUCCCUGGAGUUCAGAGGCCAUUGCAGCCACCUUCCUCCUCAGCCAGCCUGCACAGGGCCCAGGCCGAGUCUUGUGCCUUAAGAAGGCUGCUGUGACCAAAGGGAGAAUGGAGAGAACAGAACCUGUGGGUGGGGUUGCUGAGCCCAUGACAGUACAUCUCUGUGAGUCAAAACUUAAUAAUUUCCAAAGAUCUUCAAGACAGGGAGAUGGGUUCUG